CCCGGGGGUUUCGGGGCGGGGCCUGGGCGGAACGGGGUUCGGCCGGGAGCGCAGGGGCGGCAGUUCGCGCCUACCAGCGUCCCAGCAGGGUCCGUGCCGCCAUGGGGCAGAUCGAGUGGGCCAUGUGGGCCAACGAGCAGGCGCUGGCGUCCGGCCUGAUCCUCAUCACCGGGGGCAUCGUGGCCACAGCUGGCCGCUUCACCCAGUGGUACUUUGGCGCCUACUCCAUCGUGGCGGGCGUGUUUGUCUGCCUGCUGGAGUAUCCCCGGGGGAAGAGGAAGAAGGGCUCCACCAUGGAGCGCUGGGGGCAGAAGUACAUGACCUCCGUGGUGAAGCUGUUCGGGCCCCUCACCAGGAAUUACUACGUUCGGGCCGUCCUGCACCUCCUGCUCUCGGUGCCCGCCGGCUUCCUGCUGGCCACAAUCCUGGGGACUGCAUGCCUGGCCAUCGCGAGCGGCAUCUACCUGUUGGCGGCCGUGCGCGGUGAGCAGUGGACACCGAUCGAGCCCAAGCCCCGGGAGCGGCCGCAGAUCGGAGGCACCAUCAAGCAGCCGCCCAGCAACCCCCCGCCGCGGCCCCCGGCUGAGGCCCGCAAGAAGCCCAGCGAGGAGGCGGCGGCGGCGGCGGGACCCCCGGGAGGUCCCCAGGCCAACCCCAUCCCAGUGACCGACGAGGUCGUGUGACUUCACCCUAGACCUGCCCUCCCGCCCGGGCACCCGCCCGCAAUAAACGCAGCAGAGCCCGGA